CUCCAUAAGCUACCCAUGGGCUGGGGCUUAUGGAACGCCGUCUCCAUAGGGUCUGAAGGAGGGUCUCUGCUCCACCACUCAGGUUACUACGGCAACACCGACUGGGACUACGGCCGCUACCCGCCCAGACCCAAGCCGCCCGCAGCAGGUGGUGGCAGUUACUACCCCAGCCACGACGGGUCCGGAAACACGCACGGAGGAGGGCGCUCUAGACCCAACUCUUACGGAAAUAAUUACGGCGGAGACGGAUACUCGACCUACGGGAACGCACAGGGUAACACAGUAGCGAAAAUCGUGUCUCCCAUCGUGUCCGUGCUGGUGGUCACGCUGGUGGGAGCGGCGGCUGGUUAUUGCCAACGGAACAGAAGGAGAAACUGUUUCAGGGCAAAUGAACCAGUGCACGUGUGAGGGUUCGAGAUUCAGCGGUCGCCAUGGGAGAAGCUCGGUGUGGACCGGAACCCCUUCGGCCGCUCCUGGGACACCUCCUUCCGUUGCCGACGUCUCCCGCCACCCCGAAGUGUUUUUUCUGUUUGGCACAGAUGACCCGUCAAUGAAAGCAUCCCCCAUCCACUGCACGGGGUGCGUGCAUGAGGAUAACUGGGCUCCUCCUUGCGCCCUGCGGAGAUGAUUGCUUCAUCUGUUGGUUCGAUCGUGGAUGUGGAUAGAUGCCGAGUGCAUCUUGGGUUCCCAGCACUACGUCAUGGUUUGGGACGUGCACGUGGGUGACCCUUGGGGGUGUUGCUCCAAAGCCCAGUGGGGGUCCCAGGGCACGGGGUCGUGGGCAGGGGUGCUGUCUUCUUUGGGGGUAUCGGGAAUGCCACUGGGGGUGGGGGGUUUGCAGCAAGCUCUGGGGAGAAGCUUGACCCGGGCUGAGGGUUCAUCAGGGAGCCAGUGCCCACCAGUCUGGCGGAUACAGGAAUUCCUGCCACUCGGGGUCGGCUUUGUCCAGCCCUCCCUCCCCUGUCCCCAACUUGCACACAAGGAAGCUGGGUUUUGGGAUUGUGCAUGCACAGUCAUUCGAGUGCAAGCCAUCGUGGGGGUGGGGGUGGGGGUGGGGGGGAGGCAGCCUGGGGAUGCUUUUUCCUUUCCCCGUGAAAUCUUACGGUUUCGGGAUUUCUGGGAAACUAGGGGACGGCGGUCGUGAUGUGUGUCUCUUGACUGUUCUCGUAUUAGUUUCCAUCUGAUGCUCUGUAGGUCUCUGAGCAACGCCAUCCUUUUUCUUAGUUGAUGCUUUGUUUUGGACCCGUAGUAGAGACCCUUAAAUGCUCCCGCAUCUGAAAUGCAUACUACCUAUUUGCUUCUAUGUUCAUAUCACUUUAGGGGCAAGGAAAAAGGACCCUUUGGGUUUAUUGGUAUAGUUUCAUUCGGCUUAGGUACCUGCUUAUAGAACUUUUGCACUUCGCCCCAAAUAUCAGAAUAGAGACAAUUAUUGCCAUGUGGGACUCACGGAGAGGACCUGGAGAAGUCCUAAAUAUGCAUGCUUCGUGCUCACCGUGAUGGAUGGGGAGCUCUGUCUCCAAAUAGGGGACCCCGAACGCAGAAAGCCCUAGAAAGAGCUUCCCAAAUGCAAAAAGGAGGUCGCAGCUGAGACUCUCCAUGGGGCGUCUCACGUCAGGGAUCCAUGUACAACUCGAGCCAUUCCAAGACGGCGGCCGUAGUUCCUGUUGGGACGGGAAUGUCCUAGCACACGUCUCAGCUGUUGGCCCUGGGGGACGAAGCCGCAAGGUGGUCGCACGUUUUCUGCGUGUGAGUUUCCGCGUGAGUGUCUUUUGACUCUGGUUAGAAGGGCGUGUGAAUGUGUGUGUGCACGUGUGCGUGGACACAUGCAUUUGCACCUUUGCAUACAGACCUGGACGCCACGGAAGCAUGUAUACAGACGUACGUCCAUCUGGGUUUUUUUUUUCUUUUUCUGUAACUGUCCUACAUCAAUUUCCAUCAUUGCCAAUACAUGUAAAAGAGAAAAGAAUA